GACGUCACCGCUUCCUUCGCUUAAAAAAAACAAAAAACAACAACCGGCACACCUGUGCACACCUGGCACGCGCCGCGCCACUGCAGUUACCUGGCUGCAGGUAUGCGGAAGUGAGGCGGAGGUAACGUUACUGCUGCUGUCCGGACAGACAGACAGAUAGAGAGAGAAAGGGGUUUGUUUCCACUAAGCCGGUGUUGGUCUGUGAUGGAGGGACGUUCAUGGAGAGGACACCGGUGAUGAUGAUGAUGAUGAUGAUGAUGCAUUGAUUAAGUUCAGAGAUGUUCUUCAAGGAUUGUAAGGAAAAGAUGGAGCUGCUGGAAAAAGGGAAAGAUGAGCAGCCUCUCCUUCCUGAGCUGCCCGUCCAGAAAACCUUUGACUACGUUCUGGUGGCCGAUAAGUUGGACGACGUCAUGGACAGGAAGUACCAGAAGCAGGAUGAAUUCCUGAAAGAGCUAAAGAAGAAGAAAAUUUCAAUUAAACGGAUAGAACAUGAUGGAAAACUAUUCUACGGCCUGCGUGCUCCCAAUGACAUAUUUGAGGACUAUCAGUACCUGCUUAAAGUCUCCGACUCCUGCAACUGGUGCCAUGAUGAGAAGGGACUGACCCAGGCGAACAAGAUCCGAAUCGUACAUUACAUUUUGGAAAACACCUUCAUCAAGACAGGAGAGAAGCUGGAUGACCUGAUGAUGGAGGAUGUGUUUGAAACUAUGUUCUGUCUUCAUGAGAAAAAGGAACAGAAGAUGCUGCGGGCGAGUUGGGCUAAGUGGGGGAAUUUCUAUAAAGGACAACCUUUCGAUGAAAUCAAGUGUUACUUUGGGGAAAAGGUGGCGCUGUACUACCUGUGGUUGGGCUGGUACACCAAACUCCUGGUUCCAGCAUCCGUUCUGGGCAUAGUCGUCUUCCUUUAUGCUCUGGCCUUUUUCAACACCAGCCCUCUCAUAGAUGAGGUGUGUAACUCCAACAUCACCAUGUGUCCUCCCUGUGAAAAGAGGUGCGAUAUAUGGAACCUCUCAGAUACGUGCAGCUACGCCAAGGUCAGCCAUUUGUUUGAUAAUGAGGGCACCGUGGCAUUCGCCAUGUUCAUGGCCAUCUGGGCCACUCUGUUCCUAGAGCUGUGGAAGAGACACAGAGCCAAAUAUGUUUCUAAAUGGAAGGUUUUUGACUGGUGUGAUGAAGAGGAGGAAAUGAUCAUGAAAAUAGUCAACGAUCCAGACUGUCAGCUAAAGGAGUUCACGCACUCUUACAAGCGCAGCGCUCUGGUCCUCAUCCUAGUAACAGUCAUGCUGAUGGUGAUCAUCGGCAUCACUCAUUUUCUUGUGGUGGUUCGAGUGAUUGCCGCCCCCUUGAUGUCAGAAAGCAAGUGGGAAUUUAUGAGCGAACACUCAAAGACUCUGGCUGUGCUGCUGGGCGCAGUGGUUCAUUACGUCACCAUUCAGAUAAUGACCAAGGUCAACAGAUGGGUGGCCCAGAAGCUGUCAUAUUUAGAAAAGCCGAACUCAUUCGCUGCCAGAGAGAGAAGCUUCACCAUCAAGAUGUUCACCUUCCAGUUCUUCACUCUCUUCUCAUCUCUGUUCUAUAUAGCUUUUUUUCUGGGCAGGAUAAACGGCCACCCAGGAAACUACGUGCGCCUUGCAGGGUAUAGACUGGAGGAGUGCCAUCCCAGUGGCUGUUUAACGGACCUCUUUAUCCAGAUGGCAGUCAUCAUGUUGCUCAAACAGACCAUCAACAACAUCUUGGAGUUCAGCGUGCCGUGGGUCAAGGGCUUCGUGAGAAAGAAAACGGCGAAGCGGCUGAAGAGAAACUGCGGUCGCUGUUACAGGAAAGCUUGCCGCGACAAUCGGAAAGAUAUUGAACCGUGUGAUACUUGCAAAAUUCGAAACUGGCUGAGGAACUACCACCUGGGCAACACCGACGCCUUCAGCCUUUUCAAUGAGUUCUUGGAAAUGGUGAUCCAGUUCAGUUUCACCACCAUCUUUGUGGCAGCAUUCCCGCUGGCGCCUCUUCUGGCGCUCAUCAACAACAUCCUGGAGAUCCGGCUGGACGCCAUCAAGAUGGUCCGCUUGGAGCGGCGUCUUAUUCCAAGGAAGACAAACGACAUUGGUGUGUGGACGAAGAUUUUAGAAGCUGUCGGCGUUAUGGCCGUGAUCGCUAACGGCUUGGUCAUUGGAAUCUCGUCGGACUUUAUUCCUCGUCUGGUUUACCGCUAUCAUUACGGCCCGUGUGCCAACGGCAGUACCUCCUCACACUGCAUGCAAGGCUACAUUAAUGACACCCUGUCCAUCGCCUACAUGAGGCAGGGCAGGCAAGACGAAUUUGUACUUCCAAGGGAGAGGAAUCUCUUUAACGUCACUCAAUGCAGCUACAGAGACUACAGAGAUGCAGAGGACUACUCUCUGACCCCUAAGUUCUGGCUGGUCCUGGCCAUGCGUUUUGCCUUUGUCAUUCUCUUUGAGCAUGUGGUGGUGCUCUGUAAGUUUGUAGCAGCUUGGUUCGUCCCACACAGUGCCACCUCAGUUAAGAACAAGCGUAUGAAGGAUAAACUGGAGCGACUGAAGGAUGAAUUAAAAGAGAAGACGAAAACCAAAUCCACAGAUGUGUGACAUUCUCUGACCUCGGAUCAGAUUCUACUGAAAGGCACCUGAAUGGAAAAGAUGGAAUAAAGCUUUUUUGAUGUUUUAUUCCUGAUAUUAUCAAAACAUUGACUCAAUUUAAUGUGAGAUUGUUUAAAAAAUUGCGUAAAAAGCAAUAUAAGUGUUUUCUUUUAUGUGUGGCUGCAUAUUCCUCAUGCGUUUCAAUUUGCUUCUCAGGUUCGUAGGAAAGAGCAGUAAGGACAUUGUGAUGUUAACAUCUCUGUUCAGAGACCAAACUGCAGAGGCCCGUUUAACAAAGCAGAUUCAACAAACUCUGAUACAAAUCAUCUGAAUUGAUCUGGCUGAUAAGGACAAGAAUGUGUAGGCUUUUUUGACAUUUAUUAAAAGCACUUUCCUCUCUAUUGUUAAAUUUGUAGAUCAUUAAAAUAGGUUUCUUCUUGAUCAAAAUCACAUUCCUAGUCAGAACUGUAAUAACAGAUUUUCUAAAUUACAUUUUUGCAGCAGAAACUGAAUUUCAGAAGUUAAGAAAACAAAUUUGUACUAGUAUGAAUAAAGUUUUACGCACCUAGAAAUGUUUACACAUCAUCUUGACUCAAUAUGCAUUCAUGAUAUCUGAAAUGCAUUUCUUAAUAGUCUAGAUAAUACCAAUUCUGAACAAUAAGAAUAGGAAUAUGGAUAUCUGAAAUUAAUUUCCAGACAUCCAGAAUGUUUAUUCUUUAACUGAAGAAUGUGUUUUUUUUUCUUGAAGAAUGUGUUUUUUUUUCUUGAAAUGUUAAGUAUGACAAGGAAAGAUUUCAGAUAUUAGAAAUGCAUAUUUAGACAAAAUAAAAUAUCCAAGCGCCCUGCCAUAGUGUUUUAAUGAUAACAUUACUGGGAAGACUAGUUUACUGCCUUAAUGGUAGGGGAUCAAUGUAUUAUAUUUAGGUACAAUCACCUGUCAGCAGGUAAAGAUGAAGUAUAAAAAUGUUCAAACAGGUAGGACCUGUGCAUCAUCUCAUGGGGUUCCUCCUUGUUAAUUGUGCCUUCCAUUACACAGUAAAUACUAAGUUGCUGUCUGUCCGUGCAGUCAUUUUCUAUAAUGCUGUUAGCACACAUCAGUGUUCUCUCAUCAAGAUCUGUUAAAUCCCUGUAAAGAAGUUUAUGUUGCAAAUUUGAUGGAUAAGGUCUAGAUGUCUAGUGAGGUGAGACGUUAGCGCUCAUAAAGAUAGCUUUCUCAAUAUAAAGGACCUCUAUACGCGGUCUGAGAUCCAGCUCCCUAUAAAUAUUUAUUUCUCUAUGAAUUGAUGCCAUUAAUUUUUUUAUUGCAUCCUUAUCUAGAGGACUUUCUAUGUGAGUUUUUAACACCUAAUGUCUCUAUCCGGGAAUGAUUUAUUUUUUUUAUUCGCACAAAACCACGACAGAACUUUCCCGACUAAAUCACGAAAUGAAACGACAAGAUUGGCUCUAAGGAGAGCAAAGAUAGAGGACACUGUGUUAAUUGAGAAAAACCUGCUCCCUACCAGGUUGGCUCUGGUUGAUUGUUACUAUGGUAACAGACACAGAGGUUAAGGAAACUCUCUUUGUGAAACAGAAAACUCAAGAGUUUCCCCAAUUUUAGGAUUUGGAAAACUUUAAACCUGCUUUGUGAAACGGACCCCUGGUUAUUUUCAUUUCAUUGUUUGUACCAGAGUUAAAAUAAUAAAAAUGA